CUUUCCCCCCUUCUCAGCCGUCCGAUUAUUUUGCCCUAAAGAUGUUUAAUUCCGCCGCUUGAACCCGAGUUUCCUCUCCCUCCCCUCCUCCGCGACGCUCGAAUCCCUAAUUUCCUGCAAUUCAUUUAAUCAUCCGGCAGAGCAUUUAGGAAAAGAACAGAUUAGGGUUUUCCCUCAAAUUUGCUGAAAAUCAGGUUUUUGGGUUCGAGUGUUGCGGUGAAUUUUUUGCUUCGGGGGGAAUUUUGCUGUUGACGCUUGACUUUAUUUGAUGGCAUUUGAAUGCCAAGAGGGCACUGUUAACGUAUCCAAGAAUUUGAGUGAUUCUGUUGAAUAUAAUCGUGAAGAACAGAUUGAGUCAAAUCAGAUCAAAUCAAGCAGAGCAUCUGAAAUUUUUGAAUCAAGGCCUGUAUUGUACUGUCAGAUUAAUAAGGGUGGUUCAGAUUCAAAACAGUUACCGUGUAGUGAUGCUUUGUCCAACUAUUGUCGGUCCAUCACUGACCUCCCUCCGGCCCUAAUAUCAGAAAUUCUUAACUGUCUUGACCCUAAAGAACUUGGUAUAGUUUCAUGUGUCUCGACAAUUCUCCAGAGAUUAGCAUCUGAGCAUCGAGUCUGGAAGGAUUUCUACUGUGAGAGGUGGGAACUUCCUGUAGCUCCUGCAGGACCUUUGGAGGCAGGAUUUUCGGAUGAGAAGUCAUGGAAAGAAUUGUUUGUGGAGCGAGAGUUUAGGAGUAGGACUUUUCUAGGACGGUACAACAUUGAUAUUCUGUAUGGUCACACUGAAGCUGUUAGGACAGUUUUCCUUUUGCCUUCUGCCAAACUUAUUUUUACCUCUGGGUAUGACUCGGUUGUGCGAAUGUGGGACAUGGAGGAAGGUAUGUUGAUUGCAUCUUCUCAACCCCUUGGCUGCACCAUCAGAGCAGUCGCAGCAGAUACAAAACUCAUGGUUGCUGGGGGUACUGAAGGUUUUAUACAUUUAUGGAGAGCAGUGGAGGGCCUCCCUUUCUUGUUUGACCUUAGAGGAUGUGAGAAUCGGAACACUGAGUUUCGAAUUUGGGAACAUGGAGGACCAAUUACUUCUCUUGCCUUGGAUUUAACAAAGAUUUAUAGCGGUUCUUGGGACAUGACUGUUCGCAUCUGGGAUCGUAGUUCACUGAAAUGCGUGAAGGUUUUGAGGCAUAGUGACUGGGUGUGGGACCUUGUUCCUCAUGAUACUACAGUAGCUAGUACAUCUGGUUCAGAUGUGUACUUUUGGGAUACAAAUAGCGGCAAUCUAGAGGCUGUUAUUCGCGGUGCUCAUGUCGGGAACACUUAUUCUUUGGCGCGUAGCCAUGCCGGAGAUUUUCUAUUUACUGGAGGUGAGGAUGGGGCAAUACACAUGUUUGAGGUCACUAGAGAUUGCCGUGAGAUAACUCUAGUGCUGGUUGCUACAUGGAUGCCUCACUCAGGCCCUGUUCAUUCCCUUGCAUUUGAGUUUCCCUGGCUUGUCUCAGCUUCUAGCGAUGGUAAACUUGCUCUUAUUGAUGUGAGAAAGUUGUUGAAGACUAGCAGGCGCUCUUCAGGUAAGAAGGUUUCUAGGGCUAACCAUAUCAGUCAGAAUAGCGUGGAGCCACCUCAAAGGAUGUUACAUGGAUUCAGAUGCAAUUUGUUCUCAGUGGAUGUUGGUGCAGAUCGCAUUGUAUGUGGAGGUGAGGAAGGUGCUGUUAGGAUUUGGAACUUCUCACAAGCAUUGGAAACUGAGCGCAGAGUCCGAGCUCUCAGAGGAAUACGGUUAGAGAACAGGAUGAGGCGACGUAGACUCCAAGUAGAGAUGAAUACUAAAAGCACUAGGGCUGAUCAAUGUUCCGUUGCUGCCAAGAAGAAUCCGAUUAAUGGCAACAGGAACGGAUUCUGGCAGCAUAAGCGCGGGAUGAGUAGCAAGCUGAGCGCGUAGCAACAGAUAAUAACCACACGGUAUGCAUUGAGACAGAGCACUAUCCAAUUCCUCUAGCGGUGAAAACUGUAACCAAAGUUAUACACUUUAUGAUCAAACAUGUACUGUAAACUAUUUGAUUUUGAUUUUUACAUCAUUAUUUGAAUUGCGAUAUAGAUUUCAUUCAAUAGAAUGUCAAAAUUACAAGGA